CGGACGUGAUGACGUAUCUGUCAGUGGGCGGUGUUUACCGGUAUGUGACGUCCGUAAGAUGGUGGUGGGCGCCUUCCCUAUCGCUAAGCUCCUGUACCUGGGAGUCCGCCAGCUGAGCAAACCCCUGGCCAACCGCAUUAAAGCCGGCGCACGGCGGAGCGAGUUCUUCCGGACCUACGUCUGCCUGCCGCCCGCUCAAGUGUACCACUGGGUAGAGAUGCGGGCGAAAAUGAGGAUCAUGGGGUUUCGUGGUGCAGCUAUCAAGCCUUUGAAUGAAGAAGUAGCAGCAGAGCUGGGAGCAGAGCUGUUGGGAGAAGCCAUAAUUUUCCUCGUUGGAGGUGGUUGUCUUGUGGCAGAGUAUUCAAGGCAGGCUGCAAACUCCAAAAGGAAAGAGGAAGAACUAGAGUCCCGACUAAGUGUAAUGGAGGCAGAAAUUGCACGUUUGGGGCUCCUAACAGAGGAGGUGGACGCUAGGGCUCGUGGACUAGAACGAAAACAGCUGGCGAAGUGAUCCACCCUAUUGGGAAAAAGGCCCUAUCCUUUUACCUGCUUCCCACCCAAAAAAAACUAUACUCUGACACUGGAGACAGCAAGGAAGCUGGUUUGGCACUGCAUGGGCUUGCCUAGUGCAAGCCACACCCCUGAGGAUUUUUUUGUGUGCAGAAUUUACAGUUGUGUAUAUGAUGAAUAAACAGGCACAUUGUUGAUUUGACUGCU